AUGUCAUCUAAGACACCUUAUAGAUAUGAGAACGUGACUGCAAUCCCAUCCAGCAUGGAUUGGAGAAAAAAGGGAGCUGUCACCCCCAUCAAGGACCAGGGUGAUUGUGGAUGCGGUUGGGCAUUUUCUGCAGUGGCAGCCACAGAAGGCACUACAAAGCUGAAAAGUGGGAAGCUCGUGUCUCUUUCGGAGCAAGAGCUAGUGGAUUGUGACACUCAGGGUGAGAACCAAGGCUGUGAGGGUGGUCUCAUGGAUGAUGCCUUUAAGUUUGUAAUGCGCAACAAAGGCCUGGCAGCUGAAGCAAACUACCCCUAUAGAGGAGUUGAUGGAAUCUGCAACAAGAACAAGGUAGCAUAUCAUGCAGCAAAGAUCACAGGUUAUGAAGAUGUACCAGCCAACGAGUUGGCUUUGUUGAAGGCCGUGGCCAAUCAGCCUGUUUCUGUUGCAAUUGAUGCCGGUGGAUACGAAUUCCAGUUUUACUCACUUGGAAUUCUCACAGGAGAUUGUGGAACUCAUUUGAACCAUGGUGUCACUGUAGUUGGGUAUGGGACAGGUGCUGAUGGUACCAAGUAUUGA